UCUGCCUCGACCAGCUGGGGUUAGGGUUUUUUUUUUUUCGGCAUUUGGCCCAGUGAGCAGAGCUGAGUGUAAACUGGCUGCAGCUGUUCCCAAUCAGCUUCUGCCUCUAUAUAAAUCGGUUCUUACUCCCAGUAGAAUCACUCUGGGGACAGGUUGUGAGAAGAUGACACGUGCAGCAGCUCCUCGGUGUCCGCUCUGUGACGGACGGUUUAAAGCGAUGUCAAGCCACCUCAGGCGGGGACACGGUGUAAAAUAACCUGCACAAAAGGAAGCUGCUUUUGAAUUUAGCCUUCGGGAGAGUAAAUGUGAGGAACCAUGCCUGCCCCGUGGACGGGUGCAGCUACAGGAAAGGACGACUGGACAGACACAUCCUGUGGGGCCACGUGGAGCUGACCGAGGAGGAGAGACGGGCUCAGCUGCAUCUGGUGAGGCGAAAAUGCACUCUUCACAUGAUUAGAGAGCUCAGGGUAAAACAAGUCAGCCCGCCGGUGGUCUCGGACCUCCACAUGGAGGAGCCCGGUGGGGAAAGGCAGGCCGUCUUGGUGCAGCCCGGUGGGGAACAGCAGGCUGGUGACUCCGGGCUGGAACCCAGCAUGGAAGGUGAGGACCAGGAAGACGGAGGCGCCCUGGAGCACCCAGGUACGACCACACCCCCGGACGGAACGCUCCCUUCCCAGCUGCUUCCUUUGCCAGGAACGGUGGUCUGCUUUCUGCGGGGCUUCAGGAGGUUCCACAUGGGUGGACAUCCAAACAACAAACAGUACCAGAACGCUGUGUCCAAAGCUAACAGGGUCCACGUGUUCUUGGGUUACAUGUCUGAGGGAGACCGGCACAAAGAAAACUGGCUCUUCUUGGACGACGUGGAACGCAUARAGAGGUGGCUCGCGGAGCUGGCUAAAGCGAACAAGUCUGUCACUACGGUCAACGUGUACCUCAAAAACGUCCAUCAGUUCAUGCAAUACUUCAUGGAAACACCACCGGACCCCUGUAGUCUAACAAGGAGCCAGCAGGCUGGUGUGGCCAGAGCCCUGAAGAGCUGCCUCCGUGACCUGAGCAGGGAAGUGGUCGUGCACCAGAUCUCUGUGAAGGAUGCUAAAGUGUCCAGGGCCAUAACGCAGCAACACCUCGCCACAUGCAAGCAGCUGGCCUCCCGCAGGAUACCAGAGUUGCUGGGGUUAGGGGACGGGAAAAAGACAGAAAAACACAAAAGGGCAGGUUCAAGUAUUUUCCUCUGGCAGAGAGACAAGGAAAAUAUUGAUAGAAAUAAUUACAAACAUGUCAAAAAGAGUCAAUAAAAACAACAGUAGAGUGAGGAAA